AUGUGGUCGCCUCCUGGCCCAAAGAAAGCUGCAGCAAUCCCAAAGGUCUUAAAUGGAGCCUGUUCAAAAAAGAGGAAAUUCAUCACUUUCCAAAACCCUCCAGCAAGACCUCCUACAUCUACUCCAUCUUCAAGCAGACAACUAGCUAAGGGUCUCCCUCCUAUUGCUCCUCCAAAGAGCAAGCCUGAUUUUCAUACCCCCCGGAAGUCCUCUUCCUUAGCUGUUGUUGGCUGGUACUGUUGUGGGCUUGGGAACCCCAAAACAGUCCAGCGGGUAAAGGAGCUAGUCAAGGCAUGCUCCCCUGACAUCCUCUUUCUGAUGGAGACAGAGAAUCAAGAUAUCUUUGUCAUGAAUGAGAUCCAAGAUAUGUAUUUCGACUCACACUUCCUAUUUUCUCCGCAUGGCCAUGGCGGUGGAGGGCUUGCGCUAUCAUGGAAAAACCACGUCGACGUACAAGUUUUCUCAACCUCACACAAUUUCAUUGACACAAGAAUCAGCUUCAAAGGGUUACAAUUCUAUUGCACAUUCGUUUAUGGGGCACCACAAGUGGCCAAUCGUCAAGGAGUGUGGGAUAAGUUAGCCUCUCUGUGUGCUUCUAGAACUGGACCAUGGUACCUAACCGGAGAUUUUAAUGAAAUCAUCAAUAACAAUGAGAAGUCAGGAGGGGAAAAAGAGGCACCCAUGUUGUCCACUGCAGAUUGA